CUGGUCUACACCAUCACUGUCUAUGGCUCCUAAACUGUCCAAAACCGGUGGGGGAGAUAUUCGUUCAUUUUUUGGUGGCCCUGGAAGUUCACAAUCCACGGUUUCACGCAAGACAAACGGUAUGAGUCACAAGCAGCCCAUUGAACUCAGCGAUGAGGACGAUUCAGUUGUCUCGGUGAAUUUCGAAUUGUCUAGCACCGCACCCGGAAAAGCGCUUCCCGACAAAUCCAGGAGUUCUACCGUCUCCCAGAAAACAUCUCCGUCAAACAUUCGCGCUACUGCACCGAUCCUAAAGUCCUCCGCGACAGCUUCGGGUAAACGCAAAAGCAUGCAGUCCUCUGAAGACGAAGACGACUUUCAUCCCAAUAAACCAUCUGGAAAGGUGCCCCGUCUAUCAAAAGCUAGCGUUCCAUCAUCUUCAACAAAAUACGCAUCUAAUAGACGAGAAGACGACAGUGACAAGGCGCUCCACUUGGAAGAUGAUGAUGGGGACGAUUUCAUUGAUGAUGCCGAAGAAGACGAGAAGCCUAUUAAGAAUAAGAAGGCUGCUCCAAAGAGAAGUGCUGCUCCAAAAUCAAAUGCACCUAUUGAAGAGAAGUCCAAGCCCACCAAGUCCAAACCUCUCCCGAAAGAACACAGCGUGACGGAACGGAAGGAGAGUAAAGAAGAAGAGGAGCAGACCGUCAGUAGAACAAAACCCAAAUUCAAUUGGGCAGCCAAGGCCGCUGCUCGCCCGUUGAAUCCUGGUUCGAAAGAAAUCCCUGAAGGACAGCCGAAUUGUCUUGCAGGACUCACGUUCGUUUUCACUGGUGAACUGUCGAGCUUGGCCCGAGAAGAGGCUAUAGAUCUCGUGAAUCGUUACGGCGGACGAGUGACAGGUUCUCCGUCGGGGAGGACGUCUUACGUUGUCAUCGGAACAGAUGCGGGCGCAUCCAAGCUUGCUACCAUCAAGAAGCAUAACCUGGCGACGUUGGACGAGGACGGUUUCUUGGACAUCAUUCGGACAAGGAAAGGUGUAUUGGAUGAAAAGACAAAGGCUAAGCUAGAACAGGAGGAAAGGGAUAUCAUCAAGGCUGCAAAGGAAAUGGAAACGCGAGAGAAGGAGGCAGCGAAACAAAGCAACGCGAAGUUGAAUGGACCCGGUGUAACGUCUCAGGGGCUCGGGCAGCUGUGGACCACGCGAUAUGCGCCGCAGACAUUGAAUGAGAUCUGCGGGAAUAAGGCUGCCGUGGAGAAGUUAGAGAAAUGGUUAGAGGACUGGCCAAAGAACCUUCAUCAGGGGUUCAACAAGGCUGGAAAAGACGGCAUGGGUGUGUAUCGGGCGGUUUUGAUUUCCGGGCCUCCGGGAAUUGGCAAAACCACAAGUGCGCAUCUCGUUGCACAGGUGCAAGGCUACACCCCUAUCGAAGUGAAUGCAAGUGAUGCUCGCAGCAAGAAGCUCAUCAUGAACAGCACGAACAUCAGUAACCAAAGUUUGGAUGGCUGGAUGCAUGGUGGGACGGACACAACUACGGCUGCGGGCAUCGAUAUCAGCGGACGUUCUGUUCUCAUCAUGGAUGAGGUGGACGGCAUGUCCGGCAGUGAUCGAGGCGGUAUCGGCGCAUUGAAUCAACUGAUCAAAAAAACUCGCAUACCCAUCAUAUGCAUCGCAAAUGACAGAACCCUGCAAAAAAUGAAACCCCUCCAAGGUACCACAUACAACUUACCAUUCCGGAAACCCGAUGCUAAGGCCAUACGCUCCCGUAUCAUGAGCAUCCUGUUCAAAGAGAAAAUGAAGAUCCCCCCUAAUGUCGUCGAUCAACUAGUCACAGGCGUGCAGUGUGAUAUCCGUCAAGUUUUGAACAUGCUUUCCACCUGGAAGCUGUCACAAACUAACAUGGACUUCGACGAAGCAAAGCAACUAGCAUCCCUCAACGAGAAGUACUCGACCAUGACACCGUGGGGUGUGCUUGAGAAACUGUUUGGGCCUUACAUGUUCUCUUCUACCUCCCGAGAAAGUCUGAAUGACAAGAUUGAGUAUUAUUUCCAAGAUUAUUCAUUUGUGCCGCUGUUUGUCCAGGAGAAUUACCCAAAAACCGAACCCGCCCUCUGUAGAAAUACGGAUGGCUUUAUGAAAGAGUUGAAGGGUCUGGAACUACUCGAGGACUCGUCGAAAUCGAUGUCUGAUGGUGAUCUUGUGGAUGCGAUGAUCCACGGUCCUGAGCAGCACUGGAGUCUCAUGCCCUUGCAUGCUGUCACUUCAACCGUUUAUCCAGCAUCGAAGGUCUAUGGGACAGGAGGGCACUGGGGCAGCGACAGUAAAUUCUCUUUCCCUGGAUGGCUUGGCCAGAAUUCCAAGAUGCAGGCACUGAGAAGGCAACUUGGGGAUGUUCAGGCGCGCAUGAGGUCAAAAGUCUCUGGAGAUAAGGGCGAGAUUCGGAUGACAUAUGUUCCAAUGAUGACUGCAAGGCUAGUCAAGCCCCUUGUCGAUUCUGGAGCGACCGCAGUGGAUGAAGUCAUCCACACUAUGGAUGAGUAUUUCCUUUCAAGAGACGAAUGGGACACUAUCGUGGAACUUGGUGUCGGCGACAACAGGGGGGAUGAGGUUCUGAAAAAGAUCUCUACUGCUACGAAGACUUCUUUUACUCGGAAGUACAAUAAUACCGAUCAUCCCAUUCCCUUUAACCGUGGCCAAGACAUUGGGGCUAGCCUUACGAGAGGUAAGGCCGAAAAGCCUGAUGUAGAAGAAGCCAUUGAGGUGGAUGAAGAACCCGAGGGGGAUGAGGAGGAUGUACCAAAUGGAAGAAGAAAGGCGAAGGACCCCACCGAUAUUGCUGAUGACAAAUUGCUCAGAGUUGCCAAAGGCAAAGGUUCCGCGAAGUCUGGAAAAUCUGGAAAGGGAAAGAAAUGAUACUUUUGUUACCGACAGUUUCUCCAGAGUGCUCGAGAUGUCGAUCCUGUAUUUUACCCUAUUCAACACAUACAAU